AUGGCGGAUCCUUUCAGUAUUACCGCAGGCAUUGUCGGCAUCGCCGUUCCCGCUCUCCAGGGUGUCAAACUUCUCCUGCAGGACUUACAAAGCAUCAAAGACGCACCUGAGACCAUCAGCAAUUUAAAAGACAACAUCAGGGUCGUUGAACUGGCCCUGACCUCCCUCCAAGCCAUUUCUGAACCAGAAUGGAAGUCACUCGGCACAACCGUGGCAGACGAAGCGAAAGCCACUAUCGCAACCUGCACUAAAGCCUGCGAACUUUUCCGCUCCAACCUCCAGCGCUGGACAAGUCACUCUCAAGAUGGGAGAGUAUCCCGGCUUGAUCGAGCAAAGGUGGGGAUCUUCAAGCAGGGGCCGAUCAAGUCUAUGUGUGAGCAGCUGCAAAGCUGCAAGAUCACGAUCAACUCUGUCGUUAGCAUAGCGACGCUAUACAGCUCCCUUCGACAUACACGCCUCACCGAGGAAAUGAAGAAGACGAUCUCAAUGCGGCAGGGAGACAUCGAAAGCGCCAUCAGGACAACGGAUAAUCAGAUCACUGAUAACCGAACAAGACGAGAUGAUUUCGGCGCCGUGGACAGGGCCCAGGCACCCGCAGACCCGGAGACUGCAGACAGGCUAAGACAGAUCGACGAAGAACACAAAGCAUUAUAUAUAUCGAGAAGACUGCUCAAUGAGCUCCUGAUGAAAGUGCAGGAGGGUACUAUUGGGAAUGUUAUGGCGAGGAACGAGAAUAAUUCAACGCAUGUGACCUUUGGGAAUCAGAACUCUGGCCUCCAGAUCGGUGUCAGCAACGGUUCCAUCACCGGGAUUAGUUUUGGCUCAAAUGAGGGCCUGAAUGCCAUGUGA